AUGGAAACUUCAUCGAAAUAUGUCGAUAAAAAGGAAGAAGGUUCGAAAAUCCUUGCUAAUAUUCGUAAUCGAAUUCAGUCACUAGCUAAAUCAAUAAAUACACCAGGUGUUCACAGUACUUGUUAUAUGUCUGCCGCCGGAUUCGAAUAUACAGAAAAUGGAGAUACAGCUCGUUGUAAGGACUGUGGACUUGAAGUAUCCAACUGGACAUUAGAUAUGAAUCCAUUUACUAUUCACUCGAAACGUCAACCUGAUUGUCUAUUCGUGUGCUCUAUAAUACAAUCUUCACUAUCAAAUACGCCUGUGUCUUCCUCUACGUCAGCAACUGAUGUUCAAAACACACCGAAAUCAAAUGAACAAGAAAGUCCUUCUAAGCGCCAAAAGAUCGAAUCGAUGGAUUUAGAAUCUCUGUCAAAGGUUUUACUCGAAAUAGAUUUACUUCAACAAGUGCGAAGACGUACCUUUUCUCAUUGGCCACAUCGUACCAUUCCAUCAAGUGCACAAAUGAUUGAAGCUGGAUUUUUUAAUUGCAAUGUUGGUGAUCGAGUAAUAUGUAUCUAUUGUAAUCUUAUUUGUCAACAAUGGACACCAUAUAGAGAUGAUCCAUGUGAAGUACAUAAAAUACUUUCACCUAAUUGUAUAUAUGUGACAGCGAAAUUGAUGAGGCCGGUAGCUUCAUCUGUACUUGUUAUCAAUGAAAAUUCAAUGGAAGUAACUUCAAACAAUUGUUCAUCGUCAUCGAAUAAUCUUGACUCAUUAAAACUUAGUUCUAUUAUAUUUGCAGCUUCGUGCAACUCUGCUUAUUCAGAUGCAUCAAAACGUGAUGCAUCAUUUGCUACAUGGUCAAAUCACGAUUUACCAUCAGUGGAUGAUUUAGUUCGAGCAGGAUUUUUCUAUACCGGUACAACAAACAUUGUUAAGUGUUUUCAUUGUAAUGGAUCAUUACAAAAUUGGGGUCCAAAUGAUAAUCCAUUGAUUGAACAUGUACGUUGGUUUCCACAUUGUGCAUAUGCUCGACAAUUAUGUGGUGAGGAUUUAUAUCGUAAAAUUCAAGAAGCUAAACAAGUACACCAAGAACAUGCUAGAGUUAAUGAAUUCAGAGAAAGAACAGAUUAUAGUGAUAUGUUAAAUACUACUCUAACUACAAAUAGUCAGCAUAUUUUGAUACCUGAUGAAAGUACUUUAUCAAAACUUGUUGCUGCUCGAUUAGAUUUGCCAGUGUCACAACGUUUAUUAGAUCAAAAUUUCAAAUUAUCUAUCAUAAAACGAUGUUGGGAGGAUCAAUUGCGACUAAAACAUGCUGAUUUUGUAUCUGAGUAUGAUUUGUAUAUUGCUUGUUUAAUUCUUCAAAAACAAAUCGAACAUAUUGGUGGUAGAAAAGAAAACAUUGUUAUACUAAGUGUAAGAAUGCAACAAAUUAAAGAGCAAAUAGAAAUGGUUAGACAACGAGAAGAGACUACAACAUCGAUUUCAAGUAAUACUCUUCGAUCAAGAGUUAUGAAUGAAUCAAAUAAUACGAAUGUUGAAAUGAAAAUACAAUUACAAUCAUCUCAUAAUUCAACAUUAAAAUCAAUAAUCACCGAAAAUCAACUAACUAGUACUACGAACAAUGAAGAUCAAUCAGAACGCUCAACACCAUCUAAUCCUUGUAUCCUCUGUUUAACCGAAGAGAAACGAAUGGCUUGUGUACCAUGUGGUCAUUUAGUAACCUGUGUUCCAUGUACUUGUAAUAAAAUUUCUUCUUCGCUUAAAAAUCGUGAUAGUGAUGACAUAUCAACACAUGGAUUUCGUGGUCGAGCAGGAAUAAGAAUUUCAAAUAAUGUAUUUUCACCAAAUGAUAUUGCUCUCCUCUUGUUUUUUGUUGUGCUUGCAAAAUAA